AUGGCUAUAUUGCUGGAAGAGAUCAUUCGAUCAGUUGAAGCCUUUCUGAAGCUCAAGAAUUCGAACCAGAAACCAUACGUGGACCCGAAUCUAGACCCGGUUCUUCUGGUCCCCGGAAUCGCCGGCUCGAUUCUAAACGCCGUUGAUCAUGAGACCGGUCACGAAGAACGCGUUUGGGUCAGGAUCUUUGGCGCCGAUCACGAGUUUCGAACAAAGAUGUGGUCUCGAUUCGAUCCUUCAACUGGUAAAAAAAAUGUCUUCUUUUGUCUUCAUCCGCAUUUGAUCAUUCAUAAACACUGCAAUUAG